AGGAGAAGGAAGAAGAAGAAACAACAACAAGAAGUUGCUGCAGGGAGAAAAGGGUUCUCCUCGCUUCAGGGCUGCUCUCCUCCCAACAGAGGAAAGACUGAGUUUAUUUCUGUUUGGGGAGGGGCUGAUGACCAGAAGCCAGCAUUAAUAAGUCAAUUUUCUGGGGGAGGCAAGGAGAGGUAUUUCUUUUAUGUUGUGGGUAUUUUUGCUUAAGAGAACUGCUCGGCUUACCCUGAGGCCCACCUUUAAAUACCGUGAAUAAACCAAAGUUAAGAAUUAAAAACCUCCGGAGUAGGACUGAUUAACUCCAGCCCUGCCGCCAGUAGAAGAAACAUUGAGGCUGAUGGGAUAAAAGAGGUACCUAGUCACACGUAGUGUUAGAGGUGGGAUUGACAGAGUGGAAUACCCUGGGGACAAGGUAGAUCAUUCCUGAGCAUGGACCACGUGGUGAGGAUGUUGUUGCAGGCCACUAUGGCACAAUAAGAGGCUACCAGAGUCCAGACGGCCACUCAGCAGGAGUCUGUACAAAUACAAGAGACAAUUCAACUGCUGAUGAACCCAGUGGCACAGGAGUGAGCCACCCUACAGGAAGUAGUGAGAUAAUUGAAAGCCCUGACUCCUCUGAGAGAUGGCCACAAUGGAACACGAUCCUUAAAGGCCAGCAGUUACCUACAAAAGGUGACAACAGAGUAGAUGUUGAGGUUUUAUCUCCUCGCAUUUGAAAGAACAGCCCUGUGUGAGGCCUGGAGUUGUCAAAUAUCCUUGCUCCCUUCCUGUGUGGUGAGGCCCAGAAGGCCUACUAUGAUAUGGCAGUGUAAACUGCUAAAGAUUUCGGCCAGUUGGAAACUGCGAUCCUGGGGAGAUCCAGAGUAACUACAGUCAUAAGGGCCCAGAGAUUCCAUGAGUGGAGGUUCCAAGAGAACAAAAGCACCAAGACCACAACUGUUCUACCUGAUCCAUCUAACGCAGAAGUAGCUGAGUCCCGACACCCACACUGUGCUAAUAUAUAAAUGUAAUAGAACUCUUGUUUUGGACAGAUUCCUGAGAGGACCUGCUGCCAGACCUGCGAGGGUGAGUUUGCUGAAAUGACAGCGCCCGCUUACGAUGAUUUGGUCACCCUCACAGACAGACACUUAAUGGCCAGAGAGCUUUCUCAGACUACCAGAGAAGAGAUGCACCAGACCAGGAAACCAGCCUCAGUCCUGAAGGUGUGUGCUCAGCACCAAUCACAGGUAUGGCUGGAGCCACAGCUCAUCAGGGGUGAGUCCCAGCCUCACCCGGUCCCAUGUGAGCUCCGCUGUUUGAGACUCGAGACACGUACAACUCCCACUGCAUUUCACGAUCUGAGAUACCCUGAUGAUAAAGCGAGCCAUGGGUAGCGUCCGAGUUAACAGGUACAGCAUUGUCUCAACUGAAGAGGAUGGGCACAAGGUCUCUGCUCUAGGCAACAUGAAUGGGCACAGCUGGAAUGGGAAAGGACAUGUCCCCAGGCGGAAACGCCGUAACCGUUUUGUGAAGAAGAAUGGCCAGUGCAACGUGUACUUUGCCAACCUGAGCAACAAGUCUCAACGCUACAUGGCCGACAUCUUCACCACAUGUGUGGACACUCGCUGGCGCUACAUGUUUAUGAUCUUCUCAGCAGCCUUCCUGGUCUCCUGGCUCUUCUUCGGCUUCCUCUUCUGGUGCAUUGCUUUCUUCCAUGGUGAUCUGGUUGCCACUGGGGUGGGCGGUGUCCCCAGUACUGCAAAACCCUGCAUCAUGCAUGUCAAUGGCUUCCUAGGAGCCUUUCUCUUCUCGGUGGAGACACAGACCACCAUUGGGUAUGGGUUCCGUUGUGUGACUGAGGAGUGCCCGCUGGCCAUCAUGGCAGUAGUGGUCCAGUCCAUCGUGGGCUGUGUCAUCGACUCCUUCAUGAUCGGCACCAUCAUGGCCAAGAUGGCGCGGCCCAAGAAACGGGCCCAGACCCUCCUUUUCAGCCAUCAUGCUGUCAUCUCUGUGCGUGAUGGCAAACUGUGCCUCAUGUGGCGAGUGGGAAACUUGCGGAGGAGUCACAUUGUGGAGGCUCAUGUCCGGGCUCAGCUCAUCAAGCCCUACAUGACACAGGAAGGUGAGUACCUCCCGCUGGACCAGCGGGACCUCAACGUGGGCUACGACAUAGGCCUUGACCGUAUAUUCCUGGUGUCCCCCAUUAUCAUUGUCCAUGAGAUUGAUGAGGAGAGCCCACUCUACGGAAUGGGCAAGGAGGAGCUUGAGAUGGAGGACUUUGAGAUUGUUGUCAUCCUGGAGGGGAUGGUGGAGGCCACAGCCAUGACCACCCAGGCUCGCAGCUCCUACCUGGCCAGUGAGAUCCUCUGGGGCCACCGUUUCGAGCCUGUGGUCUUUGAGGAGAAGAACCGCUACAAAGUGGACUACUCACACUUUCACAAGACCUACGAGGUGGCUGGCACCCCUUGCUGCUCAGCCCGGGAGCUGCAAGAGAGCAAGAUCACCAUCCUGUCUUCUCCGCCACCUCCUAGUGCCUUCUGUUAUGAGAACGAGUUGGCCUUAGUCAGCCAAGACGAAGAUGAGGAUGAGGAUGAGGUGGAAGUGGGGCCCGGGUUAGGAGGAAGCACCAAGAAGGAUGGAGGAGUCAUCCAGAUGACGGAAUUUGGGAGUCACUUGGAUCUGGAACGGCUACAGGCUACCAUCCCCCUGGACACCAUCUCCUACCGCAGAGAGUCAGCCAUCUGACUCCUCCUGCCUUUCCAUUCCACAUCUAUUGCCCACCAUCUCCUUCUCCCUUUCACUCCAGUGCUUAGUUGAAAAAUUCCCCAGAGAACCUCCUUUGCCUAUGUCUCAGCCCCUGAGCAUGUACAGUGUGAGACAUGCUCAUGUUUCCAGUGGGCACAACCCACACUGGAACAGACUUCUUGCAACCAGAUGGGAGAGCAAUAUGUGUAUUUUGAACUCCCACAUUGACAGCUGAUGUGAGGGAAUGCCCCCCACAAGCCCCACCACUGUUGGGGGCUGGAACCAUGGGAAGACAGGCUUGAACCCAAAGCAAUCACCUCAGUACAACCGUUGGCCAUUAAAUGGGUCCAGCUUGUUACCAGAGACGAAGUAGGCUAUAAAUGCCAACCAAACUGGGAGGACAGGAGAAUCUGGGGGUCAUGGGGAAAGAGUGAAAAGGAUCUGGGAAGUGGGGUGUAUUUUGCAUGUUUUUUGCUUGUUGUACAUGAUAUUAUUGUAUAUAAAACAGAUCAAGAACCAAAAUCCAUAUUCUUCCAUUUAAAAUCCCAGAUCAGGAGUCAAGGACUCAGUAGCCCUCUUGACUCUCUCUCUGGCCCUUGGCAUCCUUGACUCUCAGAGGCAGGUUGACUCCACCGACGCAUCCCAAAUCUCCCUUGGUUCUUUUUUAAAACUAUUCC